CGCUGCCCGCGCUGUCGUGGCGUCCACUUCCUGGCCCUCCCCACCUUUAGUGAAACCAACGAGAAGACACCGCCUGCAUCUAGAGCAGCCCGACCGGGAACGUAACCGAGUGGCGCGCGAACGUGAGAGGAAAGACGUGCGCGGCUGCGCUUUCCCUCCCCUGAGCCGUUCUAGACGCGGGAAAAAUGCUUUCUGAAAGCAGUUCAUUUUUGAAGGGUGUAAUGCUCGGAAGCAUUUUCUGUGCCUUGAUCACUACGCUAGGACACAUUAGGAUUUUUCAUGGAAAUAGAAUGCACCACCAUGAGCACCAUCACCUACAAGCUCCUAAUAAAGAAGAUAUCUUGAAAAUUUCAGAGGAUGAACGCAUGGAGCUCAGUAAGAGCUUUCAGGUAUACUGUAUCAUCCUUGUAAAACCCAAAGAUGUGAGUCUAUGGGCUGCAGUGAAAGAGACUUGGACCAAACACUGUGACCAAGCAGAGUUCUUCAGUUCUGAAAAUGUUAAAGUGUUUGAGUCAAUUAACAUGGAAACAAAUGACAUGUGGUUAAUGAUGAGAAAAGCUUACAAAUACGCCUUUGAUAAAUAUAGAGACCAAUACAACUGGUUCUUCCUUGCACGCCCCACGACGUUUGCUAUUAUUGAAAACUUAAAGUACUUUUUGUUAAAAAAGGAUCCAUCACAACCUUUCUAUCUAGGCCACACUGUAAAAUCUGGAGACCUUGAAUAUGUGAGUGUGGAAGGAGGAAUUGUCUUAAGUAUAGAAUCAAUGAAAAGACUUAACAGCCUUCUCGAUAUUCCUGAAAAGUGUCCCGAACAGGGAGGGAUGAUUUGGAAGAUAUCUGAAGAUAAGCAGCUAGCAGUCUGCCUGAAAUAUGCUGGAGUGUUUGCAGAAAAUGCAGAAGACGCUGAAGGAAAAGAUGUAUUUAAUACCAAAUCUGUUGGGCUUUUUAUUAAAGAGGCAAUGACUAAUCACCCCAACCAGGUGGUAGAAGGGUGUUGUUCAGAUAUGGCUGUUACUUUUAAUGGACUGACGCCUAAUCAGAUGCAUGUGAUGAUGUAUGGGGUAUACCGUCUUAGGGCAUUUGGGCAUAUUUUCAGUGAUGCAUUGAUUUUCCUACCUCCAAAUGGUUCUGACAAUGACUAGAAACAAGAGCAUGUAUAUGAUCACUAUGUAGGACACAUUGUCAUCAUUUGUAGUAACAAACAAAUAUCCAACACAGUAUGUUUCUUUUCUGUGUUUUUUCUCUUUUUCAGUUUGGUGACACUGGUUUAUUCGCACAUUGAAGUUUAGCAGUACAUUUUUAAAUAGGGUGGGUUUUUUUCCUUAAAUCACAUAUGAAAAUUUCAAGUGUGUUGGAAAGAAAUGUUUAAGAAUAAUUUUACAAAUAAAGCUUAUAUUUAUAAGUAAUAUAUUUAUGUGAUAAUUCUAAAUUAUGAACAUUAAAAGUCUGGCACAUUUUUGCUGAUUGGUUAAAAAUAAAACUUUUUAGCUUUCUAAGAUAUGCAAAUGAAAUCUCUGUGAUUUUGUGAUUAAAGUACAACUUUUAGCCUCAUGUUUCUGUUACUUCUAGUGUUAGUUUAUGUUCUAAGCCUUUGCAAGUGCCAGUGGAUUUGCUUUCUCAACAUCCACAAGCAAGCAGCAAAGGAAAUGUUCUCAGCCACUGUUAAAGUGAAAGUUGAAAUCUAUCCCUGUGAGAAAAAAUAAGAAUUACUUAUAAAGAUUAAUAAUUUUCCUGGGAGCUAAUUUAGUGGCGUUCCUCAUCAUACACAAUUUCAAUGUAACCCUCUGUAUUUCUCUAUGCAGAUACUGAAAUUGGAGUGGUGACUAUAAAGAAUAUAAUAUUUAACUGUGUUGUUUCCCAGUUAAUCAAGCUCUCAGCUGUGGCUUGGAUAAAACUUUUAUCAGCUGAGGUUUAUCUACUCCUGCGGAGCAAACAAGUUCUGCGGAAAUCUCCUUUGAAGAACUUCUUUUGGUAGUCUGGCAAUUUCACUUACCUGUGUUGAGUCUAUCCUGGUUUUUCUUUACCUGUUCAAAUCUGAAAUUUUUCCCAUGUUCAUAGUUGCACCAUAUCCAACAGCUUUGGGUGUGGAGGCCUUAACCUCAUCAUUCACUUUGGAUUACUAUGCCAUUUGCCUAAUUUCAGCGGCUACCCAGCUUUAUGGAUGGUGCACCCAAUAACUUCUAUGUUUAUAAAUGUGUGGAAUAGGGAGUUCCUGUCAUGGCUUAGUGGUAACGAACCUGAGUAGUAUCCGUGAGGAUGUGGGUUUGAUCCCUGGCCUUGCUCAGUGGGUUAAGGAUCUGGUGUUGCUGUGGCUGUGGUAUAGGCCGGCAGCUACAGCUCCGAUUUUGGGAACUUCCAUGUGCUGCCGAUGUGGCCCCCAAAAAUAAGUAAAUGUGUGAAAUAUUUGAGAUGACUUCUGUCAUCAGGUCUGCACAUGCCAUAUUGAGUUAGAUCCAUAAGUCCCCAUAGGGUGUGAGACCAUGAUAUUUUAGAGAUCAGUAUUUUCUGAAAUUGACCUUGUAAUGUUAAUGGUCUCCCACAGCUUUUGCAAACGAGAAAGAGAAUUUCCUCAAGCAGGCCUCAGGCUUCAAAUUUGAUCAUCAAAGUAGUGUGUAAAACCCUUUGUUUUGGAGUUCCCAUCGUGGCUCAGUGGUUAAUGGACCAGACUAAUAUCCAUGAGGACUCGGAUUCAAUCCCUGGCUUUGCUCAGUGGAUUAAGGAUCCAGCGUUGCCAUGAGCUGUGGUGUAAGUGGCAGACGCAUCUUGGAUCUGGCAUUGCUGUGGCUGUGGUGUAGGGUGGCAGCUGUAGCUCCGAUUCAACCCUUAGCCUGGGAACCUCCAUAUGACAUGGGUGUGGCCCUAAAAAGAUAAAUAAAUAAAUAAAUAAAUAAAUAGGAGAUUUCCCAUCGUGGCACAGCAGAAACAAAUCCAACUAGGAACCAUGAGGUUGAGGGUUUGACCCCUAGCCUCGCUCAGUGGGUUGGGGAUCCGGUGUUGCUGUUAGCUGUGGUGUAGAUUGCAGACAUGGCUCGGAUCCCGCAUUGUGGCUGUGGCAUAGGCUAGCAGCUACAGCUUCGAUUUGACCCCUAGCCUGGGAACUUCCAUGUGCUGCAGGUACGGCCCUAAAAUGACAAAAAAUAAAUAAAAAUAAAACCCUUUGUUUUAAUUUAUCCAAUUUUCUUCAGUGGGGCUCUUGGUUAAAAUGAAGGGUUAUUAAUUUUGAAAAAUAAUAAAACCCUUUUAUCAGUUACCCUAAUAUGUGGUCUUAUAUGUAAUUACUACAAAUCAAAUCAUGUUCAGUGUGAGUAAAAAAUGAAAUUUGUUCUACUGUAUUUAUCACCUUCAAGUACAGUAGUGUAUCAAGGUAUAGUUGUAAUAAAUAGAGAAUGCAUUCCAUUGUUUGAUUUCCUAGUGGGUACUAGGAAACAAUUGCUUUUUAAACUGAAUUGAUGCUCUUGAUUGUAUUUUUAUACAUGAUUAUUCCUUUAUAAAAUGUUAGUUGUCUUAAAUAA